UUAGAUCAAGGCAGGUUUUAGAUGAGAGAUCACAUAUAGCUUGAAGCUAGGAGCUCUCGCGUAUCGGGAAAAAUUAUUACGUGCAAAGGAGGGAGAACGAGAAAGAUUGAGCGAGGGACUAAGAGAAAGAGACAGAGAGAAAGUGUGUGAGAGAGAAAGAGAUGAAAUGGGAGAGUGAUGCGAGAGAGAGAGAGAGAGAGAGCAAGAAAGAGGGAGGGAGGAAGAGAGAGAGUACCGCCCUUCAGUUGUGUUUAAAUGUGAAGCGGAAAAUCAUCUCUGUGGCUCAGGGGAGUGAAGAGGCGAUUCUAGUGUUAGUGCGGGUUUGCCGUGCUUUAGAUCAUAGCGCUCUCUCUCUUUCGCUCUUUGUUUGUCCUAUAGUGUCCCUGAUUUCAGCUUCAGGCUUCAAAGUGAGAAGUACUGAGAGUUUCUACAAGACAACAAUACCUGGACCCGGGAAUAUCUAGACACCUCACAAUGGAUGGAUUGAGGACAAAGUAUUGAGUUCACCUACGGCUGUCCCUGAAUGAUACAGAGGAGUGUUGGGAUGUCGUGGCUGGUGUGGGUGUGGGUCAGUGUGACAGUCCUGCUGAUGUGUGAGGCCACUUUCUAUGAGACCAUCCAGCAGCACCUAGCACCUCCUGGAACCAACAUACAGAUCCUUGAAGGAGGGACAUGCGAGGUGAUUGCGGCCCACAGGUGCUGUAACAAAAACAAGAUAGAAGAGAGAUCUCAGACGGUGAAGUGUUCCUGUUUACCAGGAAAAGUAGCAGGAACCACCAGGAAUAAACCCUCCUGUGUUGACGCCUCUAUAGUGAUUGGGAAGUGGUGGUGUGAGAUGGAGCCAUGUCUGGAGGGAGAGGAAUGCAAGACUCUGCCAGAUAACUCCGGCUGGAUGUGCUACUCCGGAAACAAGAUCAAAACCACCAGGAAUACCCACCCAUACACAUCGUUGUAGCAGAUAUAGUCACUGGAAAGCUCAUAACGGAGGAACUUUACAAAGGGAAAUAUCCAAGACGACAAGCUGAAUUAAGUUUUCCCAACUCUAAACCAACAGACAUGUGUCUAAUGACUUGAACUGGAGCCCCUUUCUGAUAAAUCCAUCUAUCUCUGAGUAACACGGACACCAGACUUUCUAAGAGAACACUUCUGGUUCUUUCAUUGUUUUGUUUUUGACAAUUGUCAAAUAUUUGUUUCCUCUCAGUGAGUCCUGGAUAAUUAAACUCGUAUCCCUUUGUGUGGAGUGCACUCAAACCAGCUAUACCUUGCCUGAAAUAAUCUUCAACUGUAAUAUUCUUGGAUGUUCCUAUGUCUCUGGAAGAACAUAUUAAUUCUCCUACUGUAUGUAGUGAAACUGGCUUCCUGUUCAUGUGGAUUUUCAGAAGGGGACGGAUCCUCUUCAAGCAACUUUAAUAAAGACACUUUGUGCAUCGACUAUGAACAAAAUGCUAAGGAGCACAUGUACAUGGAAUGACUGAUCCAAUCCGAUCCAUCCGGAUAUGUUCCUCUGUUUCCUGGAACAUUAUAUCAGAUUAAGAGUUCUGAAUGAAUUAUGAUGCGAUACUUAAACCAAAUAAGUCCUUAGCAUGAUUUCUGGGAAGUUGUAAAUAUAGGUGAAAGAAAUGUUUUACAUAAAUAAAAUGAAUUCAAAGAAUUGUGAGAAUUAUGUUACAACUAUAUUUAAUUUGCAAUAAACAGUUUAAAUGUGAAA